GCUUUUUUGUAAAAGCUCUUAGCCGGGAAUUUUCACUGUACGCCCAUAUCCGAGAGUUGAUUGGUUGCUGGCAAUUGAAGAUGACGGUAUGUCGGUAUGUCGCAAUUCCAAAGGUCUGAUCCCAACACACCUGCGCACACACGGUUGUAACGUACUGGUGACCAAAAGAAGAACAUGUCGCGAAAGAAACGGUCGAAGUGUAAAAAAAGAUCCAAGAAAAUAUUAGAGGACGUGUCGGAGAUUAUCGAGACUGUUGAAGUUCACCCAGAUGCCGGGGAGAAGUCGGACAGUGACGAGACUCCAGCGAAGGGAAGCCCCCAGAGAGGAGACUCUCAGCGGGUAACUCACAGCAAUACUCCGAUCAAACAGAAGACCUCCAAAGAUGUUUACUUCGCCUUUCUGCCCGAUAAAUAUGAGCCACUUAUUGAGGACGAAUUGGAAGAGUAUGUAGAGUGGAAAGAAGAGAAGGAAAGGAAGAAAAAGGAAAAAUACAAAAAGUACAGAAAGAAUGUUGGUAAAGCCCUGCGGUUCGGCUGGCGAUGCCUGGUUGCCGGGUUACAGAGCUUUGCUGGUGGCUAUGCCACGCCCCUCUCGGCAGCGGCCACCUUGGUGACUGACGCCCACAGGGCUGGCAGCAAAGGAUGAUGGGAUUUUAGUGGACUGAUUCAGGAGGACUGGGACCCAGACCUCUCUCUCUCUCACACUCUGUUAGGCAAACAUACACACUAACACACACAAACACACACACACACUAACACACACACUAACACACACACUAACGCACACACAUCUUCACCUUUACCCGAGAUGUGGUAGUUGCACACACUGGUGGCUUGUAAAAGCAUGUAAUAGAUGAAGGUUAUCAUGCUAUCUGUUGUAUUUUACAGCAUCAGUAAAGAUCUGUUCACUCUGGGAGGCCAACACAGCUACACAGUCCCCCUGGUUGUAAGACUGACCAUCAGUGAUUCAUCCCUAAUACUAGGCAUGAUAAAGCUGAGAGAGACUUGGUAUAGAUUAUCCUCUUUACAAUGUAUUGUAAUCAAUUUAUAAUCAAUGUGUAAUGCAGUGUAUCAUUUCUAAAUGUAUUAUGUUUGUAAUUGUUUGAAGCUGCAGUGCUGCUGGACUUGUGUGUUAUGAUGAGUACAUCUGAAUUCAAUCAUCAGGAGAAGUGCACACAGUUUACAGGGAAUUCCAUGUCAAGCUUUCAACAUAGCACUUAUAUCAAUAGUUUUGUUGUUUAAUCAUGUUAACUGUGCUGAAGGUAGGCAAGACGUUGAAACCUGUAGAGACAGACAGACAGACAGACAGACAGACAGACAGACAGACAGACAGACAGACAGACAGA